AUGGCUCCCAAAAUCUUCAUGACAGGCGUUACAGGAUACGUUGGUGGAACUGUUUUCAAUACCCUUGUGACAGCUCACCCGGACUACAACAUCACUGUGCUCCUUCGUGAACCGAAAGCGUCUUUCUAUGAGAAAUACCCUAGCGUGAAAGUCAUUCAAGGGAAUUUUGAAGACUUCCAAGUAUUGAAAGAUACUGCGUCGAAGGCAGACAUGGUCCACCACGGCGACUCCGAUCACGAGACUGCAGUCAAAGCACUUCUUGCAGGAGUGACUGAACGUGCUGCUGCGUCUCUGCCAGCUUUCUACAUCCAUCUAAGUGGCACAGGUAUCAUCGUUGAGUGGGACAACCUCGGUGAACUACACCCCAAGGUAUGGUCUGAUAUCGAUGAUAUCGAUGCCAUAUGGUCCUUUCCAAGCGAGAAGCUCCAUCGUAAUACUGAGAGCCUAAUCCAAGAAGCUUGGACAAGCCACGGGGACAGGCUAAGGACUGCGAUUGUUUGCCCGCCAAUCAUCCAUGGCAGAGGGACCGGGACUGGCCGUAUCGACGGCGGGUUUUACACAUGGCUCUACGAUGAGAGCGUUAAGAAAGGGGCGACAUUCUAUCUAGGCUCUGGUUCCAAUAUAUACUCCAGGGUACAUGUCGCCGAUGUAGCUCAGGUCUUCCUGAAGCUCAUCGAGUCUGCUGCUAGAGGUGGACAAGGCGCUGACUGGGGUCGUGAGGGUUACUAUUUUUUGACCAGCGAAGAAAUAUCGCAAAAAGCAAUCGCAGAAGCCACUGGGAAGAUUCUAAAACGAAAGGGGUUGAUCGCAACCGAAGAGGCGAAGCAGGUGUCCUUAGAAGAGUUGGACUCCAUGCUUGGUCACAUCCCGUUUCCGGGCGUCGCCCGUCUCCUCUUUGGAUCAAACUCACGAUCCAGCCCCGAUCGUACAAUCUUUGGAACGAAGUACUUCGCAAGAGCAACGAGAGCCGUCAUCGAAGUGCUCGAGAGGUACAGCUACAUUAACACCAAUGCCCACGACACGGCCCUCAACAAUAUUACUACCGUCGCGUCAAUCACCUAUUGCCAUUACGGCACCAUCAGUCAAGGCGCAACCGGGGGUCAGACAGCAGAGAUCAGUGUAGAUGCCGGCCACGUCGAGAUCAAGAGGCCUGCUGCCCUGGUACACAAUAUGCCUCAUCUGUCCGAUUGGGAUAUUGGCAUUCACGACACGCACGCCGAUAGAAAUAGUUUCGACAAUCGUGCUUUCAUUAGCAGUGAGCUACAUUAUUGGAUGGUUGGAAACCAGACGAAAGACGUCGCCUUUAUGAUCUAUGACGACGGCAUACUGCAGAGAUCGCAGACCUGGCAGACUGCACACAACGUGUUCGCCGUAGCACAGAGGACUCCCUUCCCUCGAUAUCCUGGCCAUGCUCUUCCAUGCCAUUUUGCCGGGGUCGAAAUUUCUGGCGGUCGCUGUCGUGACGCGGGAACGUGA